AUGCUUGCUUCCACACCAACUCCGGAGUAUACCACCUUCAGCACUACAAAACGCGAUCUCAGCGCAUCUCCAUCUUACCGUGCACCGCCGAAUCGUCGAACGCCGCAGAAAUUCACAUCCAAUUCCUUUUCGCCGAUGUUUACUUCACCGCCGAGGCGACACCCACCACCAACCGCAGACCCUAUGGAUACCGACGACAUUUUCCAGUCUCCAUAUAGUGCAUCAUCACGCCCACUCUCCGUCCGCAACGAUCGUAUCAUUUACAAGAAGUCCAGGGCAGACGACGAUGAAGAGUUCGACAACGGCUGGUCCUUCGUUCCUUCCUCAUCGACCAUGUUCUCGCACAACAUGGUUCCUCCAUCAUCGCCCAUUCCCUUGCGCUCGUCAUUGCGGACACCCGUGAAGCAGAUACGUGCGACGCCUGACCGACCGGUGCUGUCGGUCAAGCACCUCAACACUCCUUCCGUGUCUCCUGCCGUCGGCUCAAAGCGCAAGCCGAGCAAACGAACCCCGGUUUGCACUACCCCGCAAUGCCAGGGCUUCCUCACACCGUUAAAUGUUACGUCGGCUGCAGGUCGAGAGCAAGGCGAUUCGUCAGGCGUCGCCUUCGAUCGCCUCGCACCUCUUUCAGCUCCGCGGUUCGUUCUGCAUACUCCGCAAACCAAGGCAGAGACAGAGAUGCAUUUGAAGAGGCAGGCGGAGACGAUGACGUUGUUGAGAAUCUCCGAUAUGGAUCGUUCGGGAGAUGAAAGCGGUUAUGACUCAGGCCCUGGAGAAGACAAUGGGCGACGGUUGUUCGGAGACAAUGCUGCACCAAACAUGGUUUCCUCAGUCGCCUCAAAAGGCAAGACAAAGGUUGGCCUCUCAAGGUCACCUGCUUUGCGAUUGCUCAUGCGCAAGGGCGACACCAACGACACCGAGGUCGUCGAAGCGAUCUCCCCCGGGGGACAUGUCACUAAGCGGCGCGCUCGAUCCCGCCCUGUGUCGUCGGAGCUGCUUGAGUCGGUGCGGGGUGCGCCUGUCAUCCUUGAUUACAAGGUCAACGUGGCCUCGCAGUAUAUAAACGAGAUGCAGACCAAUUCGGUUGCUUUUCCUCCCGCCUCUCGGCCACAUCGCUCGUCGUCACCUUCUAGCUCGUCGUCCGAAAUUGGCUCUCCACUAUCACGUCCGCGCCUGUCCAUAAUGCCCCUGCCACACAUGGAUGUACAAUCUCCAACAUCAAAACCAAAGGGGCCUCUCAACAGGCUGGCAAGUGCGAGUUCCGCCACAUUGUUCUUCGGACCAAGCAUUCCCGCCCGCAAUACAGGUACCAAUGCUGAUCCAAGCCGCAAGCAGAGUCUCGCCACAAGUGCGAGUCCGUCAAAGGGCAACGCUAGUCCUUCACUACCACUCGACUUGAACAAAAGGUCGAGUCCUCAUUCCAGGAUACGCAAUAGGCACAGUUACGCCCCUCAUGGCUCUGCACGGGAAAAGCGUCAGUCGUCAUCACCCUGUACAUCUCCACCUCUCAAGCGGCACUCGGACGAAGACGAGGACGAGGACCUCUUCUUCUCUGGCCCAGCCGAUACCUCAUUCGCCUUCAGUCUCACAGAAGGCACGCCAAGCCCGAAGAAGAAGCAGAAACGCGAUAUCCCUUCGCCGCUCCAGAAGAAGUUCCGGCCGCGUGACUCGGGCGUCGUACUUGAUGAGAGUGAUUCAGACUCUGGGCUGUAUGGCCACGGCGGUGCCAUGCCUCAGGCGUCCACGUCCGUGAGUACCAUGGGAUCGGAGGCGGAGGAACAGGAGCUCGUCACGCCGGGGUUUGCACCUGGUGCGGCGUCCGGGUGGCCUGGGGUUACCGUCAUGAAUCUAGACGAUAACAUGGGUGUUGGCUCUCGCACCGGCAUGCACGGUGGUCGAGGCGUCGACGCGUUCAUCAUGCGCGUCCUGGCCGCGGGCGCAACCAAGUCGGCACAGGACAUUGAUGGCGAGCCGAAGCGAGUGCCUGGCACACCAGUCAAGAAGGUGAAGACAGCGCACCUGGUGCAACGCCCGUGGCAGAGCGCGUUCACGUCCAAGAUUGGGUUUCCGGAGUUUGAGGAUGAGCUACAGUGUGGCCCUGGCGCUAAGGGACGUGGCAAGACCAAGGGAAGGAAGAGCCUUCCGGCGGCCUUCCCGAGGCUGGAGAAAGAGAACCGCACUGCUCCCGCAAAGCAUGACCGAGUGGGUGCGGAGGACGACGAGGAUGCAAGUCCAACUACGAGGAAAGAGAAGGACAGUCGGUAUGAAGGCCUUGGUCUUGGCAGGCCUGCUUCAGGGACGCUUCCCCCCUUUGCACGUGGAAUCGUGGACCCCAAGGGCAAGCAACACUGGCUCAUGCGCAGGAGUAGCAGUGGCGCCUUCUCAAGUGGAAGUGAGACGACCACGUCUGGAUCGGCAACGCCGACGCGUCUCACUCCAAGAGAGUGGCAUCUACCUCCAUUGAGAUUGCCAGUUCCCCACUCUCCCUUGAAGAACUCCCUGGCAUCUGCAAGCAGUUCCGCUUCUACGUCGUCUUCAGCAAUUUCGACAACUCGCAACUCUCCAACUGUGGCGGCAACGGCAAAGCGACUCCCAAUAAGAGAUCUUUCAGAACGACACGCGGCACAACUAACACCUGCGCGUCGGCCGCCAACUGGCCUCUUCGCCGGCGUCAUGCGAGCAGCUCCCGCAACGGUGAAGCCUGUGAUGCGUGGUCGAUCGUCCUUCCCGUCAAGCGAGGAGCACCCAGGGCGAUUCGAGCGCGAAUUCGAGGAGAUCGACGAGCUGGGUAGUGGUCAAUUUGGGCGCGUUAUGAGGGUGUGUUGCAAGUACGCGGACGAGAGCAAGGCAUCGGAGAUUUUCGCCGUCAAAAAGUCGAAACCUUUCGAAGGUAUCAAGCAUCGGCUACGGCUGCGUGAGGAGGUCGACAUCUUGAAACACCUGACCCAGGCAGCAGGCGGCGGUCACCCCAAUGUCCUCCAGUACAUCGAUAGCUGGGAAGAAGGUGAUAUGUUGUAUAUCUGCACGGAACUCUGUGCUCUGGGCAACUUGGCCCAUUUCCUGUGGGCGUAUGGGCGCGCAUUCCCACGCCUUGACGAGGCUCGCGUUUGGCGAAUACUUGCUGAGCUGAGUGCGGGCCUGAGCUUCGUCCACAGUUCAAAUGUGCUGCACCUCGACCUGAAGCCGGCGAACAUCUUCGUCACAAGUUCAGGUCGCUUGAAGAUAGGCGACUUCGGACUGGCUGUGCGAUACACCGGCUCGUCAGAGAUGCGCGGUUGUGAACGUGAAGGUGAUAAGCGGUACCUCGCUUCGGAAGUACUGCAGGGCCGCUAUGGACGUGCGGCGGAUGUCUUCAGCCUUGGUAUGACGAUGCUGGAAACAGCGACAAAUAUCAUCGUACCUGACCAGGGCGAUGCGUGGCAUAGGCUACGUCACGAAGACUUCGUUCAAGUCGAGGCUGAGUUGGGCGCCUUGAGUGUCACACUUCAGGCGGUUUUAAAGGGCAUGCUGCGGAUGGAGCCCGCACGGCGCGUCGGGAGUGAUAUGCUCGCACGACAUCCUGUUGUUCGUCGUGCUCGAUCGGCGAUGGAUGGACUCAGGGCAAGACAAGGUGAUGUCUUUGAGGCGAGUGCUCUCGGUCCCGUGCAAGACGGUUUCUUGUCAUCCAUUAUCACUGGGAACGAUUGGGAUACCAUGGAAGUCUGA